AUGUCUCCGUUGUUUGACUCCACCAGAUCGUCGGCCCAGCAGCAUUGUGCAGCUCUCAGAGGGGCCGUGAAGAAGAAGAAGAAGAUGGCGCCUCUGGACCUGACCUCCACCGUCUGGAGUCGCAUAGCUCCGACUCUCCCGGCCUGUCAUAGUGAUCUCUGGCCUUCGAUUGUGUUGAAUCUACCGGAGAGUUCAAGUGUUUCAGUCCAGCAGGUCCCGAUUAAUUGCGUGAUCAAGAGAGAGCAGGAGAAAUGCAUGGAGAUGAUCGCCUCGGACGAUCCUGGGAACGAUCUAGACUAUGGGUGUCCGUGGAUGUGGGACAACCUGACAUGUUGGGAACCCGCCAAGUUCGGUGAGGUGGUCGAGAUGAACUGUCCCGAACUCUUCACGUCACUUCAGUUCAUGGCAGAAGAAGAAUUUGAGAUGGGGAUUGUGAGCCGGAACUGCACCGAGUUCGGUUGGUCGGAGACUUUUCCUCACUACGUCGACGCCUGUCUGUUCGAGGAGUCAAACACAACUAAUCCGAAGAUGUACUUCGUGUCGGUGAAGGCUCUUUACACUGUGGGUUACAGCACGUCUUUGGUCUCCCUCACCACUGCUAUGGUCAUACUGUGCAGAUUCAGGAAGCUGCACUGUACCAGGAACUUCAUCCACAUGAACCUAUUUGUGUCGUUCAUCUUGAGAGCUAUUUCUGUCUUCAUCAAAGACGGCGUGCUGUACACCAAGGAGGACAGCGAUCACUGCUUCAUACACACUCUGGAGUGUCGAGCGGUGAUGAUCUUCUUCCAUUACUGCGUCCUCUCCAACUACUUCUGGCUGUUCAUCGAGGGUCUUUACCUCUUCACGUUACUGGUGGAGACCUUCUUCCCUGAAAAGAGAUACUUCUACUGGUACAUCAUAAUCGGCUGGGGAACCCCAACAGUGUGUGUGACCAUCUGGGCGGUGCUGAGGCUGCACUUUGAUGACACUGGCUGUUGGGACACGAAUGACAACGCUGCCAUCUGGUGGGUGAUCAAGGGACCGGUGCUGGCUUCCAUUAUGAUCAACUUUGUGCUCUUCAUUGGUAUAAUCGUCAUCCUCGUCCAGAAGUUACAGUCUCCAGAUAUCGGAGGAAAUGAAUCCAGUAUUUACCUGAGGUUGGCUCGCUCCACUCUGCUGCUGAUUCCUCUGUUCGGGAUCCACUACACCGUGUUUGCCUUCUCGCCCGAGAACGUCAGCAAGAGAGAGCGUCUGGUGUUCGAGCUCGGCCUCGGAUCUUUCCAGGGCUUCGUGGUGGCCGUCCUCUACUGCUUCUUGAAUGGAGAGUAUCUCCCUCAAGGUGCAAUCGGAGAUCAAGAGGAAAUGGCGCAGCUGGACGGUGAACAGGUACUUUGCUGUGGACCUGAAGCACCGGCACCCGUCGCUGGCGAGCAGUGGGGUGAACGGGGGCACGCAACUGUCCAUCCUCAGCAAGAGCAGCUCGCAGAUCCGCAUGUCCAGCCUGCAGGCGGAGAACCCAGCAACCUGAACCACGUCGCCGGGGACGACGCAUCCAGCAACGCCAACACCACCACCACCUCUGGACCCAACGCCGCCAAACCAACAACGCCAACCCUCGUCCCAAUGACCAGCCUCACCAACCCUUUCUUUAACCCGUACCCGAACCCUUACCCGGAAGAAACCAUGAUGGAAACCCAACUCAACUCCACCGAUCCAGAACAGCCUCUAGUCUGA